AGGAAGAGGCGCACCCAGGCUCUAAUUCUUACCGGCCUGCGUGGCGCAGCCACAUCUCUGGUGCGCCGGCUGGGACUCCUCCGCUUCCAGGCAGCCUGCCCUCUGGACGGGUGUUAGCUCGGCAAUCACAGUGACUGCAGGCCUUGGCUGUGGCUCUGUGUUUUUCUGUUCUUGGUGUCUCUCUCUUCCUGUUUUCUGUGGGCUGCUACUGUGACAUUAGUAAUGUAUAGAAAAGAGUUGACUUCCUAUUUCUGAGCCAGCCCAAGUUCCACCCCAGCUUGAGUCUCCUCCAGGUUGCUCAGCACGGUGCUUUUCUCAGCGAGGUGACUCGAAGGCCAAGCCACGAGAGGCCAUUCUUUUUUAUUUUAUUUUCUAAGAUGCGGGACAGGCAUCUCUGUCCUCGGAGAUGCCAGGUGGGGACCAGGGAGGACAUCUGAGCCGCCAUCUCAGCGAAGAAAGUGGGGGGAGGGCCAGGCCAGCUCCUCUCUGCUCUGGGAGACCUGCCCCAUUGUCUUUUCUGGGCUGUGGACAUCCCCUCAGUUUCAGGCCAGGUCAUUUGUCUUUGAAUCGGAGCAUCACCGGCUGCAAAUACAUCACUCUUCAUCAAGGUUGCCCGGCAUCCCAGGCCACCCAGAUGAUGUGGGAUGGAGGUGCCAGACCUCACCUGCUCUACCUCGCCUGCCAGGGACCAGCCAGCUCCAGCUUCUGGUCCCCCAGGGGCCCCAGGUGGGCAGGCCUCGCCUCACCUGACCCUGGGUCCUGUCAUCCUGCCGCCGGAGCAAAGCCUGGCCCCCACCGUGUUUCUAAAGGCCCUGCCCAUCCCACUGUACCACACAGUGCCUCCAGGGGGACUCCAGCCACGUGCCCCACUCCUGACGGGCAGCCUGGAAGGUGGGGGCAUGCCCUUCAUCCUCAGCCCUAUGCUGCAGCCUGAAGGGCCUGGCCCCACCCAAGUGGGGAAGCCAGCCGCCCCAACGCUCACGGUGAACAUAGUGGGGCCUCUGCCCGUCCUGUCUCCAGGCCUGGGGCCCACGCUGGGCAGCCCAGGCAAGGUGCGGAACGCAGGCAAGUACCUGUGUCCACACUGUGGCCGGGACUGCCUGAAGCCCAGCGUCUUGGAGAAGCACAUCAGGUCCCACACAGGAGAGAGGCCCUUCCCCUGUGCCACCUGCGGCAUCGCCUUUAAGACCCAGAGCAACCUGUACAAGCACAGACGGACCCAGACGCACCUCAACAACUCCCGGCUGUCCUCGGAGUCCGAGGGCGGUGGGAGCAGCCUCCCGGAGGAAGGGGACAAGGCUGGAGAGCCCGCAGGAGCUGCUGGCAGGCGGUCACAGAGACCCCGUUCUCUGGGCUCCCAAGCGGCUGGGCUCUGCCCGGCGCCCACUGCACAUGGGUCCCCGGUUGCCAAGAGUCUAGACGUGAAGUCCGAAGCCGUUCCCGGCCCAGGGUCCGCGUUCGACGUCCGAGAGGCCGCUCUGGACGCGGCGCCCGGGCCCCCGCCGGCCGGCGCGCAGCCGAGGCGGAAGCUGCCGGAGCAGAGGUCCCCGACGGCCGGCAGGCCGAGCGCCGCGGAGAAGCCCGCGGAGGCCAGGGCCGCGGAGGGCCGGCUGAGGAAGUGCGAGAGCACCGACUCGGGCUACCUGUCCCGCUCGGACAGCGCCGAGCAGCCGCCGGCCGCCGGCAGCCCCCUGCACAGCCUGUCGGAGCACAGCGCCGAGUCCGAGGGCGAGGGCGGCCCGGGGCCCGGGCGCGGGGGGCGGCCGGCCGGCCUGGAGCUGGAGAAGAGGCGGCUGGAGGAGCGCAUCGCCCGGCUCAUCUCGCACAACCAGGCCGUGGUGGACGACCCCCAGCUGGACAACGUGCGGCCCCGCAAGACGGUCCUGUCCAAGCAGGGCAGCAUCGACCUGCCCAUGCCCUACACCUACAAGGACUCGUUCCACUUCGACCUGCGGCCGCCCGAGCCCGGCCGGAGGAGGCCCGCCGCCCUGGGCGCCGCGCGCUCCACCUUCACGCCGCCCGACAAGGCGCGGCCCCUCUUCUUCCACUCGGUCCCCACUCAGCUCUCCACCGGCACGGAGUGCGUGCCCGUCACCAGGAGCAACUCGCUGCCCUUCGUCGAGGGCACCAGGACGUGGCCCGAGCCGCCGGACCCCCAGGACGCCUGGCUGCGGAGGCAGAAACCUCUGAGCGCCCGGCCCGCCCCCGCGCGCCCAGCCGAUGUCCCCAGCGGUCACCCCAGGGCCCUGGUCAGACAGGCAGCGGUGGAGGACUUGCCGGGUCCCCCGACCGGAGAGAUGCCGACCCCCCCAGAGGACCCGGAUGGGAAGAGAGCUGCUGGGGAGGGGGCGGCCAGCAAGGGCCAGGGCGCGGCAAGGAAGCGGAGCCCGAGGAAGCUGAAGAUGUUCUCCCAGGAGAAGUGGCAGGUGUACGGGAAUGAGACUUUCAAGAGAAUCUACCAGAAAAUGAAAGGCAGCCACCAAGGAGGCAAGCAGGCGAGGGAGGUGACAGGGGCCGGUGGGGCUGAGCUGGACCGCCCUCUGCAAGAAGAGGCAGCAGGGAGCAAGGGCGCAGCCCCAUCCCAGGAUGCAAGGAGGACCCCUGUCCCAGGGGACACGUCUUUGGGGGCCAAGCCAGCACCUUCGGCAAGUCCGCCAGCCCUGGAGGGCUUCUUGGUGACCCAGCCCCCAAAGCAGAGGAAGACAGUGGCCAGAGGGGGAGGCAGUGACCAGCCAGGGGUGAAUGCCCUCAGCUGCAGGGAACCCCCCUGUCUGGGCAACAAGAGCCCUCUGCUUCCUCCAAAUAGGGGGCUGGAGCUGGGGUCUCAGCUGCCCCCAGAGCUUGGUCCCCCAGAAGGAGGUGACCUAGAGGCUUCCAGGCCAGGUUUGCCAGACCCCAAGCUGGAAGGCAGCACCCAUGGUAGUAGUGGCUCAAAGGAGACCUGUCAGCGGGCUCAUGUUGUCCUGAGAUGGCCCGGCGAUAGCUCUGGGGAGCCCCAGCCCACAGAGGAGGAGCUCCCCUCGGAGAGGAAGAAGCUGAAGGUGGAGGAGCUAAGCUGCCAGGAGCCCCUGAGAGCAGGAGGAGAGACCCCUGGGGGUCCUGUGCAAGCCACCUCCCCACCUGCUCAGAACCAGGACAGUGAUCCCAGGGAGAAGCCAGGAGAGCUGCCUGGAAGUGGUGACUGCACAGUGAGGGUUAGGGCUGGGCGACUGGGCGAGCCUGGGAAAGCCUCCAGCGCCUCCCCUGAAGUUGCUUCUGGGGCCCUAAGGCACGUGGGGCCACAGAACAAGGAUUCUCUGCUGUGUCCUACAGCCCCCAGGGGUCCCUCCCUGGCAGCCACCCAGCCUCGGACUCCCAGCAUCCUCACUGCUCCAGUGGAUACCUCUUUUCUUCCUCAGUACCUCCUCAGAUUACCCCAGGGAGAGACCCAUCCCCCACCUCCCGUCACCCAGAAGCCAGACCAGGGCCCAGACCCUCUCUGCAGGAGCGGGUACCUGGAGGAACGGGCAUCCUUUGUCAGAUCAGGGCUGGGGGCCCUCUUGCCUCCCUGCCCAGCUUUAAGCCAGGUCCCAGGUGGAGCAGACAGCUUCUGGGAGGACCCCAGCUGGUCCGGGCCACGGGACAGGAGAAAGCGGGUGCUUGGAGAGGAGAAAGGGGGCCUGGACACUGGCCUCCCAGCAGCCGGGGCCCCCAGGAGGGCGGCCUCCUUCCUGCCCACCCCAGUGUGUGACUCCCGAGGGAGUGAGACCCACGACACCCAAGCACUCUGCGGGAGCAGCACUGCGGCAAGAGCCUGCCCCUCUGGGGGCGUCCUGAGCCCCUGGGAUCCCAACAGGGAGUUGAGGGGGCCUCCUGAGAGUGUCUCGGCAGAAGAAAGUCCUUCUCCAGAGCGGCCAGCGGGGCUCAGUCCAUGCUGCUCCCGCCAGCCCAGCUCCUUCCUCUCGGCCCUCUCGGCCCCAGGCUGGCCUGAGCUGGCCGUGGGUACCCAGGCAGAGACUCUGGGGCUCAUUGGGGCCCAGGGCCCUUUCCCCUCACUGAGGGCCGAACCCCGGCUCACGUGGUGUUGCUUAAGCCGCAGCCUCCCUCUGCCUAUGGAGCAGAAGGAGAAGGAUGCUUCCGUGUACCUGGCACUGCACUUCCCUGGCGACAGCCCCCCAGAGGAGGGUCCGGACGCCCGGCCAGUGAGCAAGGCUGUGUCUGGAGGAUGGCCCAGGACCAGGCCCGGAGGAGGAGGGCAGACGCAGAUGUUGAAGCUCUCCGACCCAGCAGUCCCCGCGGUGACAUCCCAGGACCGGGUGUCCGAGCCAGGAUGGAAGAAAGCACUGCCUCGCAGGAGGGCGAAGACACUUCGUGGGAGCAGCAGGCAGAGAACCCUGAGCAUCGUCUCUAAAAGGUACACAGGGAGUUUCUCGCAAAGCCGCGCUCAGCUGAGAGCCAGGAAGCCACACUGGGCGCUGAGAAAAGACCGCCGCCCACCCCCAGUCGAGGGGCCAGCCCCACGCAGGACCCGCGGGCAGGCUUCUGCAGGAAUGGCAGGUCUAAGUCUGUCAGGAGAGUCAUCUUCGGUCGCCUCAGAAGCAUCUCUCUGUGGUGGUCACGGAGAGAAAGAGGAGGAGGAAGACAGACACACUUCAGGAAGCUUCUCUCCAAACCCAAGUUCAGGAACUGUCGGGGAAACAGAUAGACCAACCCUGAAGGAGAUCGCUCCAUCUGCCGGUGAGCAUGGGAACAGUUGUCCUCAGAACACGGCCAUCGGGUCAGGAUCAUCUCUGCCCUCGGACUCCUCUGUGGCAGUGGCUGGCGACAGCCUUCUAUCCUGUAGCAAAGGUCUUGACAUGGGAUUGCUUGAGACUCACCCGUCACCCUUCCAGGAGCAAGUCUCAACAGAUUCCACACUGUGCAUUUUCUCAGAUGCUCAAGAGCCUUCUUCCUUUGAGGCCAAGAGAACCUCUGUCUGCCAUGAUGUUGCUACCUCUGCAGUUGCUGUUUGUGCUUCUCUGGGGGCGAGCGUGGGUCACACUGCCUCGGGGAGUCACAGUGUGGGGCCACGAGACCACAGCCGGGCUGCAGGGGAGACUCUGCCACAAAGCUCCCCAGACAGGAAAACGAUGACAGAGGGUGUGACUCCAUCACUCUUGCCAGGGACCCCUUCAUCUGGGCAAAGAAUUCCGGGUUCAGUUCCACUGGGAUCCAUUGGAAAAACCCAUCUUGAAACUCCAGCUUCAGGACCAGGGUCAGCUGGUCCACCUCAAGAGGAAGGAACAUGCAGGACGUGUUUUCCUUCUGGGGGGCAGCAAGGGUGUGGCGAAGCGCUGGCCCCCUGCCCUCCUUUAGGAAGGGACAGUGGGAAAUGUCAGGUAUCUGGAUUCGUGGCUUUAAAGGAUGAUGUGGUUCCUUCCAACCCAGAGCAGCCCACGGAGACCCCUGGAGUCCCUUUGAAAACCCUCAGGAAGAGGAGUUUGGAAGGAAUGAGAAAGCAGACCCGAGUGGAGUUCAGCGACACCAGCAGCGACGAUGAAGACCGGUUGGUGAUAGAAAUAUGAAGCUUCCGGAGAAAGAUGGCGUCGACGGCCAAAGACUGCGGAUGCCUUCCGGGAAGCGCCAUCACACUGCCAGGAGAACUGAACUCUACUUGUGAAGCACCGGCAGCUAGGAAAGCCAUCUGGGGUUCUUUCUAAGAUAUCCCCCGCCAACUCUGAAAGCCAAACUCAGCCUCACCGUUCCCCAGAAGCCCUGAUCACAUGGUGCCAGGCAGGGCUAAGGGACCAAUGAAGCAGGGUCUAAGAAGGCUUCAUCCACGUGAUGACCGUGGCCUGACUCCCAUCUGUACCCUCUGCGUUGGUCCCUCACUGCCUCAUUCAUUAAAAUGGCAUCAACUCAGAGAGCCACAGUCAACCUGUUUACAAACAAGUGAACCCCACAGAGUCAAGGCGAUAGGCUUCCUGCAUUUGUGAAGCGGGGGUUUGCUGCAAAGGUGGUAAGCAUACUUGGGGUAACCGGGGUCACUUGCAAAGGAGUUGGGGUGUGAACUGGGCAUCCAGAUCCUUCUGUCAUUGUGGAGACAAAAUCCAGAUUAAUUCAGAAACUGGAGUUUGGUUGGAAUAAUGUGCCUCCUUAGCAGAAGUUGUAAAUAUACUUCAAAAUGCCUCUGAUCUGGCAACACACUGAGUAUCCUUCAAUGUUGCACAAAUGGUCAGUGCUUCUGUGUGACCCAGUGUGUGGCCACAAGCAUGUGCCGCUCUCGUGCCCGAUGCCUUCUCUGUGGAGACCCCUGAAACCUGUUGUUUUUCCAGCUCUUGCAAAAGGAACGUUGUGUUAAAAGUUAAUAGAACAGUCUCUGUAAUGAGUCAUUUUUGAGGGGGAAAAAUUCACUUAUUUUCCCCUGCUUCUUUCUGUCAUGUUGUGCUCUGAGCAAUUUCAAUUAGCAGGUUACACUUUAGUGAUCUCUGCAGCUUAAACUGACGCCUGCUCAUCACGAUUGGAGCCUUUCAGAUUUCCUCCAGAAGCUUCAAGGAUACAAAACUAAUUGGAGUUUUGACGCUGUUUUACAUCUCAGUAAUUUUAUUUUGGGGGCUUGGUGUUACUUUGCUGUCAAAUUAAAUCAGCCUCUGUAUUGUGCACAUCAGAACAGCGCAGACAACGUUCCCCCAGCGUUCCAAGCCAGCGCGCCCCUGCGCAGAGGGAAAUAGCGGGUGUGUGUCACCCAGCUCGGGGAGCAGAGCCUCACGUCUGCUACCCCUCUCUCCCUCUCCUUAAGUGGGAGAGGAAACACGCAAAGCGAUUUACACUGCUGCAUUUCGAUACAAUUUUAUACUUGCUUUUUGGUAUGACUUUGUACGAUUUGAGAUUCACAGCCGAGCUCUUUGGGCUUCACUUUGAUGUGACGAUGCUCACUUGACAUCCUGUGCUUCGAAGGUGGGGCCGCAACGCAGAACAUCUCCCACACGCGGAGGUGCUUCCAUACGUCCUCGUCUGUGACGAAGGAUGGUCAGGUUUCAAGUAUCUUCAAGUGAAUUUUCCAGUUCUAGGGUUAUUCAUAGAAAAACUUCAAAGUGGGACCAGCUUCCCCUGGUGACUUAGCGUAUGUCUGUGGUCAUUUGCAAUGACCACACUCAAACGCCGCCAGGUCACAUCCAGCCCAGCCAAGAAGAACGUGAGAAAGGAGGUAAAAAGAGGUCAGGUGCGCACUUCACGCACUUCUUGAACCAAAGGGAAGUGGCGUAACUACCCGUCCCUUGGGUUGCCCGUGCCGCAGUACGGGGGGGAGGUCCGGCAGAGCGGUCUGAAUCCCGGACGGGGAGAGGGGGCGAGGGCCUGGCCUUGUCCCGAGCUGGCCGGGAAGUCUUGCGGAAGACUCAUGUCCUCUCUGCGCCUCGGUUUCUCCGACUGAGAAUAAGGAAGUAAGACAAGAUGGGCUGAAGGUGACUCCAGGCCCCGAUCCUCAUGAGAGUGGCUCAGAGGUGGUCCCCCCGGGGAGGGUUCCCCCGCCCGGGAGCUAAAGAAUAAAUACCUUCGGCCAAUUAUUGCCAAGAAGAAUGAGAGCUCAGGGAAACUCCUGAUUUUUUUCCCCAGAGAUCCGAAUUUUGAGGUACAAUCAUUCGGUGUAGAAAUGGCAGCUCAUAAUUCAAAAAUUAGAAGCAAACAGAGCACCGCUGUGUGAGUGGGAGACAGCACCUCUGUCGGCUGAAUUGGUUACUUUGUCUUGGGAGGCACUGGGCGGGGGAGGAAACUUUCUUCCAGAUCCUCCUCUGCUGUGUGGCUGCUGAGCUGUGGGCCGGAUCACUGAACCUAAGGCAGUAAGUCACAGCUCCCAACAGCACCGGCCUCGGAUCAGGUCAGGUGGAAGCUCUGUCCUUCUACGAGCCACCCUUGCUGGCCACCACGUCCUAACUAAGAUCAAACAUGGCGGAACAUUGAGUCCCUCCCUGACUCCCUGUCUCUCUUACACAGAGGUGAGCAGGGCACCACAGUUUCCUGUCUCAGCCGGUCAUUUAGCUGUUUGGUGGCAGCAUUUACAGGUGUACCUUACUUUAUACCAACAUGAAUCUAUGAAAAGCUAUAUUUCAGUGGAUUGAAAAACACAAAUAAAAGAUGUAUUUUGAAUGGCCCUGGGGGACUUAACUAUUAAAAAUCAUCCCAUAGUAAAUAUCUUUUUUUAAAUAAGAAAUCGUUUUCUAAAGCAACACAGCAUCCCUGAUUUUAUAAAUCUUCAUUUUCCCGUGGGUUUUCUUAGAGCAGACUGCUGUCAUAGGGGUGCAGUUCCAGGAUGACGUCGGUGACCUGUAACCCAGUCUGGGUUACCGGAAAUAAAAUUUCAAUAUUAUCAGUUGAUAAUCACUGCAGUUUUUAACUCUGCGAGUGUGUCCUGGGUGAUGGUUAAGGGGAAACAAGUGAAUCUGAGAAGAGGGCAAGCCGGAGUUUAAAGGUCAGUGUUCCUCCUCCUCCUCAGUGCUGUUCAUUUCCCUGCACCUUCAGGUUAGGGUCUCGGCCACUGGGUGCCUCAGCUUCUUCCACAGAGAAUAGCUCCGAGGAUGCUGGCAGGAACUUUGAAUUCUUUGCCGUUCCUUCAGGGCAAGGGGUACAGAUGCCAAGAACCGUGAUGUUUGAGACGCACCACCAAGGCUCUUUCUCCAGCGGUACCUACGCCUGGCCCAUCUCACUCACUAAGGACGCACGGAGGACAGGGGUUUCAUGUCCCCCCUUGGCAGCCUAGACUAUUUAGUGACUCUUACAGGCACGUGGUUUGGGCUGGACGACCUGAAUGCUUCUUGUUGUAAGGUGUGGUGGAAACAACUCGUACCUCCCGUUAGGUAUGGCCUUUGAGAUUCUGGAUGAAGCUAACAUCUCUCUCAUUUACAACCCAGGAGAACCUAUGGUUCUUUUGCCAAAAGAUUAAAAGAAGACGGGGGAUUGGUGCUUCUGGAUCCUAAUCCAAACCCCGUCAGUAGCUUGACAAGUAACUGAGGGCAAGUUAGCCUCCUCCUUCCUAAAAACCCUCCUCUAGAGUUCUGGUGGGGAGAGCAGCCUUGCAAAGACGCCUCGUGGCCGCCGUUCUGGGCAUGACAGAUGAACGCUUUGCAGCUUCAUGCCAAACGUAUUUCCUCACAUUUCCAUUCAUUACGUAGGAUGAUCACAUUAUUCAUCUCUUCCCCAGCAUAGAAAUUUGCAUUUUGCACAAAAUUUGCCUGGUGCAGCAGAUUUUUAUAGUUAUGGGAACUGUCACCGUUAUCAGAAUGUGCUGCUACUCAAAUCCACAGACGUAAUUUAAUACGGCGAGGAGAAAACGGCCUGCCGGGCUCCGGGGCGAUCGCAUUUCCACAACUGCCGCGAGCAGGGCUUAUGCGUUUUCCCCACUUCGGUUGCGAUUCCCGUAAUUCUUGUGAGGGAGACUCCGGCUUUGGAACACUACACUUCUCAACGCGUAAGCACAAUUUCUUGUCCCUCUCUUCCAGAUACUCAUUCAGUAAAGGUGUCAGGACCCCAAAAAAUCCUGUGCGCUGGAUUUGUACCCCGUGUAAUGCUUUUCCCCCGUGCUCUGUGCUUACGUGGGAAUACGUGUGAUUCAGUCUGAGGAAGCAGAGGAACACUGAGCAUAUUACUUCACCCUGGAAGAGGAGAAGCCAGGGAAACCAGCCAGCCUUGGUCAUUUGCAGCCCUAGAGGAUGACUUAAUAUCUUAUAUAUGCAGCCAACUGUUCAGAACUUACUACUCUAUCCAUUGUUUGGAAUCAGGAACCGAUUGGCUUCUUGGUUCUCUGUUUAACUGUAGUUCCUUCUUUAUAUGGUUAAAUUAUUUUGUUUUGAUAAAAAUAAAACUGAAAGUGAAAAUGUCUUGUGUGAUUUGUUAACAUUUUAACCUAAACUACCAUAAAUAAUAUCCUGUUUUAAUUGGAUAUCUGAUUCUUCCUGAACAGUUGACCAACAUCCUGUCCGCCAUAUUGGCGUCCCAUUCCACUCAAGAAAGAAUUCGGUAACGGCAAAUGAUCACAUUUCCUCGUGCUAUUUGCCUUUCCUGUGUGUCUUUUCUGUCACUGUCUGCCAUGUCUUAUGGUUCAUAACUUAGAUACGUGUUUUUAAAUCCUUAAAUGUAGCUAAGCUUUGAAGCCACAUGAGGGCACUAUCCACAGUGCAAUAACCCCAAACUUCCUGCUUAAAAUUGAUGUUGCUUGGAUAUUUAAUUUUAUUCAUUAACAGAGAAAACAUCCUUAAUUCUAAACAAUACCUCCUAAUGAAGAUGAAUCACCUACUCUUGGCAAGAACACGUAGACUAAUUUGACACACCAAUAUAAUAUUCUUCUGUGUCUACACCUCCUGAAGCUACUUGAAGUCAACCCGGAGACAAUGCCUUGGGAGGAAAAGUGGGGAUGGGCACACGCGAGGCACAGAUGCACUCAUUGCUGGAUCUUCAUAGCUUUGUCACUAACUUGUCAAACUCAAAUAGUGAUAAAUCAGUCCAUUGUUUCCCAACUUCCAUCUUUUGAGAACCAUCUUUCUGCUUUUUGCCAUUUGGAUCCACAUGUGGUUACAUCAUUUACUUAGUACUUUUAUUUAAAUCAUCUUGAUCUUAAAGAAGCUAUUAUUACCCUAAGUCAUAAUAU